UGUAAUUUUGCUACCCUUUAUACCCAGAAAGUCCUUCAGUCUUUUUGUGUUUGGAUAAAUUCUGUUCAUCUUUCAAAGGUCACUACCUCCAUGAAGCCUUUUCUGAUUUUCCUAGUCACGAUGAAUGCUUUCUUCCUCCAGCUUCUCAUAGUGCUUUGAGUCUUUCUCAUAGCGUUCAGCCCACUCUGUCUUCUUGUCCACAUGCAUAUCUUGCUCGUUAAUUCUAGUUAUUGAGUGCCUAUUUGUACCACACUGGGGAUACAGGGUACUUGCAGAGAACCCAAAGUCCAGUGGAAGCCCAGAGUUGGGUAGAGAGUUUACAACCUUCAUUGGAUUAGGAGGCAGGAAUCCCGUCUGCUCCUAGCUCAGCGCCUGGCACCAAAAGGUAGUCAGAAAAGUAACUUAAAUGGAAACUCAGCACCAGUGACUCUUGAGAAAACUCAGAGUUCAAAGGAAGGUCAAAAGUUGGCAAAGAUAGAGGAUGGGCAGGGAUCAGUUUUAUUUUGUUGGAAUAUCCCAAGGGAAUUUCCAGGAGUGGUUGCAGUGACUCUGGCAUGAAGACGUGGUGUGGAAGCCAGAGACAUCAAAGAUCCCCAGUGGACUGGGAUGGGAAGAAGGGAUCACUGUCCUCCUCCAGGACCAGGCUGGGAGUUUUGGUGCGGGAUCAUUCGGACAUUUAUCCCACUCCAGCUCUAAGUCUUUUUGCUUUGACUGACCAUACCAUAGAGGCAAGCAGGUUGUUUCAAGGGCCCAGAAACGAGUUACUGGCUUACGGUCAAGCCAGUCAGAGGACAACUACACUGUCUAGUUGGCACAUGAUAAAAGCAAUACUGAUGCAAUUAUCACUCCCAUUGGAGGGUGGCCAGGCAUUAUUUGUCACUCAAAUAAAAAAUGUCAUUUGAAUUUUUACUAGGAAUUCUCAUCCAAAAUAUGUCCAUGAUAUAAUGACACCGCACGACCGGCUUGCCAAAGUAAACUACGUCCUAACUACACACGAGCAUUACUUAGAAAUUGUGUGUAUCUCAGAAAAUUGCUCUACCCUGAGGCCCGACAGCAGGAGCGGGUCUUGCUGGGGUUCGGAUGGGGAAGCGCCUUAUUCAUUGAUGAUAUUCUACAGUAGUCACCCCAAUCAUGUUACCACUCACCUCACUUUACACUGUCUGCUGCUUACCUGUGAAUACGAGCUCAAGAUAGUGAGAGAUAAGCCUUGGUGUUUUCUGUGCAUCUCUCUUUUCUUUAAUGGAAAACAAUUCUGAAAAUAAUACUGAACAGCACCCAGUCAUUCUCAGAAAGCCGUCACACAAGGAAGAAACCACUAUUUUCCCAAACUUUUUGCACAGGAAAUUGUAAUCUGUAGUCUCAUCUUCUGCCACCUCCCUCAGAAGUUUCGAUCUAGACAUACAUGUAUUCAGCGAGUUGCAAUUCAGCCUGGGGGUGGAGUGUCAGGAUUCAAGUCUUUUUGCUGCGGGGUAACCCCAGGUCCCAGUGAUUUCCGUAGACAAAAGAGGUGCUGGUAAAUUUGGGAUGUAAUUGUCGGAUUGGACCGGUCUCCCCGCUCCCUUGACCAAUGGCUGUCACCCGGUCCCUUUAAGAGUCCAGGAAUCCGUCCGGCGUCUGAGCCCCAAACAGAUCCUCUUCUCUGCUCCUCCCCUGUCCCCGCGCGGCGAAUGGUUCGCGCCGGCCUAUAUUUACCCGAGAUCUUCCUCCCGGACGGCAAGGAUGUGAGGCAGGCGAGCCGGCCACCGCUCGCAGCACCGGAGAGGGCGCGCUGCAAAGGCGGGCAGCAGACCGUGGAGAGCCCGGGAGCGGAGCUGGACACCGCCUUGAAGGAAGAAAUGAGGUAGCGGCGGUCCCCGGACCCGGCCAUGCGCUCCCCCUGCCCUCGGAGCCCAGCGCUGUCUCGGCCAAACUAGCCCGGACAGUGAGCGGGCCGAGCGCGAGUCCCCGGUGGAGCGAAGAUGCAGUGAGCCCCUGCGGGACUGCUGCGCGGGGCCAGCCGCGGCCAGCCGGACCCAGCAUCCGACAACACUUUGGGCGAGCUGCUGACUCUGAGACCAGCCCAGCUGAGGGGCUCUCCGUCUCCAGCACCCCUCGGAGGUGGGGAGCACCGGCCCCUGGGCACGGUCACUGUAGAGUUUCUGCGGGUUUUGGCCCCAGUCCUGGGGGUUGUGUGUGUUAGGGGAUCCUCUUCACGUUCGCCGAGGUGUUCCCGCAUUAUUCUCGCACCAUCCCGGGUGCUGUUGCCGGGGCUCUCUUUAUUUAUUUGCACGCGCGCUUCUAGCUUUUUUCCUGACAUUUUCCACUCCACGCUCGUUCUCUCUCCCUCGCAUUUUGUUGCUUGCCUGAGACUCUUUGCCCUCGCCCUUGCCCAGGCUGGGGUAAUUCUGUGUGCGCGCGUGUCCCUACCCCCGCCAACCUUUUUUGCACACUCGAAGCUGAAUAUUUUCUUUUUUAGAAAAUUUACCCCCACCCCCUCCGGGGUUCCUAAGCACUCUGUCUCCUCCCCUCCCCCCCAACUCCCUACCACUGGGCCGCUCCCAGUUUUAUUCUUCGAUCUUGCUCGGGCCGAGCCCGGCCGGGGCCGGUGGCUCAGUGGGCCUCGCACCCGGCGCUCCGCCGCCGCCGCCCAGCUGCGCCGGGGCGCCCUCCGGAGAUGCUACCGUGGAAGAAGCACAAGUUCGAGCUGCUGGCCGAGGCGCCGCCGCGGCAGGCAUCCAAGCCCAAGGGCUACGCUGUGAGCCUGCACUACUCGGCGCUCAGCUCUUUGGCACGGGCGUGCCCCGAAGGCGCGCUUAGCCGGGUGGGCAGCAUGUUCCGCUCCAAGCGCAAGAAGCUGCACAUCACCAGCGAGGACCCAACUUACACCGUGCUCUACCUGGGUAAUGCCACAACCAUCCAGGCGCGCGGCGACGGCUGCACCGACCUUGCUGUGGGCAAGAUCUGGAGCAAGAGCGAGGCGGGCCGUCAGGGCACCAAGAUGAAGCUGACAGUGAGUGCGCAGGGUAUCCGCAUGGUGCACGCCGAGGAGCGCGCACUGCGCCGCCCGGGCCACCUCUACCUGCUGCACCGCGUCACCUACUGCGUGGCGGACGCGCGGCUGCCCAAGGUCUUCGCCUGGGUGUACCGGCACGAGCUGAAGCACAAGGCCGUGAUGCUGCGCUGCCACGCCGUGCUGGUGUCCAAGCCCGAAAAGGCGCAGGCUAUGGCCCUGCUGCUCUACCAGACGUCGGCCAACGCGCUGGCGGAAUUUAAACGCCUCAAGCGGCGGGACGACGCGCGUCACCAGCAGCAGGAGCUGGUGGGCGCACACACCAUCCCGCUAGUACCGCUGCGCAAGCUGCUCCUGCACGGACCCUGCUGUUAUAAACCGCCAGUGGAGCGCAGCCGCAGUGCGCCUAAGCUCGGCUCCAUCACCGAGGACCUGCUUGGUGAACAACAGGAGCAGGAGCUGCAGGAGGAAGAAGAGGAAGAGGAGCACCCUGAGGGCUGCCCGGAGGAAGAGGAGAACCAUGCGGCAGAGGGAGAUCCAGCAGAGGAGGCCGAGGCGCAGCGGGCGCUGGUGGUCGCCAUGCACUUUGAGUGCGGGGACUUGUUGGACACUCUGGAGAAUGGCCGUGGGGAGGCGCUAGCGGGCGGCGGGGGCUCCCUGGGCCCAGGGGCCAGGCCGCCGCCUCUGCUGCUGGGCAGCGCCUCCGACAUGAAGGCUGAGCUGUCGCAACUUAUUAGCGACCUGGGCGAGCUCAGCUUCGGCAACGACGUGCGCACCCUGCAGGCCGACUUGCGGGUGACGCGCCUGCUGUCGGGCGACAGCACGGGCAGCGAGAGCUCCAUCGAGGGCGGGGGCCCUGACGCCACCUCCGCCACCGCCGGGGACUCGUCCGGCCAGGCCGACGGCGGCGCCAGUGCAGACGAGCCCCACUCGGGCUGAGCUCCGCGCGUCGCCGGCGCUCCAACGUGGCUACCCAUCCGUGGUCCCGACAACCUCCCUGUCCCUUGCCCGCCCCCAGGAAAGGGAAAUGGGGCAUUUGGGGCCCAUACCUACACUUGGAGCCCAGGCCCAGCGUUCCCCCUGACCGUUUCCCCCUACCUCCCCGCCCCUGCUCCCGCCCCUGCUCCCGCCCCAGCACUUCUGGCUUUAUUGCGCGUGGGGAUGCGGGGAAAUGUGAGAGGGGAAAACCCCGCCAGGAGGGAGAGAGAGGCAGCCCUCUGGGGUACGGGUGAGGGAAUGCUGGCUGAAGUUGCUAGUCUCAGGCCGUAGGUGCCUGGCCAGUUUCCUGUUUGUGGGGCACUGGGGCCUGAGGAGGAGGGGUUCACUUCCUCCUCCUAUCCCCCGGGAGAGGCCCUGCGCUGUCACUGACAUCUCAUUAAAAAAAAAAAAAAAAAAAAAAAAGAAUUUGCUCUCAAGGUGUUUGAGGCUUUAUGCAACCCUUUAGCCCUCGGUUCUUUCUGGUGUAAGAACUCCGGGUGUUUACCUCAGACUCACACCCCUGAAAUUUUGCCAAAUUCCUCACAUAACUGUUUGGGGGGUGGGGGGAGAUGAAGGAGAGUUGCAUUUUGUUUACAGUUAAAGACAUCUAAUAUCUUAAAAAGGAGUUUUCCUUUAGAAACACACACACGCCCUUCCUCUUGCUGAAAAGGUCUCACUCCAUGAUGCUGUGUAAAAUAUUUUUGCACUGUUGUGAAGUAUUUUUGACUUUUUUCUGUACAUAACUGUGUUCUCAGAGCUGAAUGUUUAUAUCUUUUGCUGUGCAAAAGAAACAUGUAAAAUGUUGUUCAGUUGUAUAUACAGAAAUGUGUAUAAAACAUUUUGUUAUUUUUUAAAAGUAGCACUGUUCUGGUUCUGUUUGCACGUCAGUGGGGAGAGAAUAAAGAGGAAAAUUGAACAGA